GUAGAAUGAAGUUACGAAGCAACAAGUCGGAUGGUCAAUUACCUGCUAUAAACCUAGAGAAAAAGAUCAAUAACCUUGAACAAACUAUCAUUAAGCAUGAACAGGAAAUUAUCAAGCAUAAAGAAAUAAAAAAUGGUGUAGAAGUAGAUGAAUUGAUGUCUGAUUUUUCGGAUGUUGUUGUAAACGCAUGCAUAAAGAUUCGUGAUGAAGAAUGCCUAGAAAAAUUUGAUUGGGAGAAUGUAAAGAAUGAAUAUAACUGUGCGAAUAACAAAAAAGAGUAUAUUAAGGACUUAGUGAGUUGGACUAAGAGUAAACCGGCAACUGUUACAAAGAAAUGUAGUUGUUCGAUUGGUGAUGUUAAUUCAAAACAAGCUGCAUAUUUUUUGCUUGGAAAUUAUUUAAUUAAUGAGGACUCUAAUAAAAGACAAUAUCUUAAGUAUUCGAAACUGUGUUAUCAAAGGGUCGCAAUUAUCAUAGAGAUUCUUGGAAAAAAUUUUCUCCUCCUUCCUAUAUCAACCAACUAUUUUGUUGGUAGACAUUCGCCUUUAUAG